AUGGCUAUGUUUGAUUCCACUGUUAAAAGUUCUUCAAGAAUGGCCACACUGCUGCUUGUUUUUGGGCUGCUAAUGGCUAGCCUACACUUAACAGUUGCCCAAACGGGAGUGUGUUAUGGAAUGGAGGGUGACAACUUGCCACCGCCAGGGCAAGUUGUAGGUCUCUAUAACCAGUACAGCAUCCGAAGAAUGAGACUCUACGACCCUAACCAAGCUGCUCUCCAAGCCCUUAGAGGCUCCAACAUUGAGCUCAUGAUAGGUGUCCCAAAUGAUGCUCUUCAAAACAUUGCUUCCAUCCAAGGCAAUGCCAAUUCAUGGGUUCAAAACAAUAUUAAAAACUACGGUAAUGUCAGAUUCCGAUACGUUGCGGUUGGAAAUGAAGUAAGCCCUACGGGCCCCACUGCCCAAUUUGUUCUCCCUGCCAUGAGAAACAUUUUCAAUGCAAUUUCCGCAGCUGGCCUGGGGAACCAAAUUAAAGUUUCCACUGCCAUUGACACUGGGGUUCUGGGAACAUCCUACCCUCCAUCAAAAGGCGCCUUCAAGCCUGAAGUCACGUCCUUUCUCAACCCCAUCAUCAGCUUCCUGGUCAAAAACCGUGCCCCACUGCUUGUUAACCUGUACCCUUACUUCAGUUACAUUGGUAACACCCGGGACAUUCGCCUAGAUUAUGCUCUUUUCAAGGCUCCUGGAGUUGUGGUGCAAGAUGGACAGCUUGGUUACAGAAAUCUUUUUGAUGCCAUAUUGGAUGCUGUUUACUCGGCACUUGAGAGGGCUGGUGGCGGUUCUUUGCAGGUUGUUAUUUCAGAGAGUGGUUGGCCAUCAGCCGGUGGGACGGCAACCACAGUUGAUAAUGCAAAGACUUACAACUCCAAUUUGAUUCAGCAUGUCAAGGGUGGGACUCCAAAGAAGCCUGGAGGGCCUAUCGAGACUUACGUGUUUGCCAUGUUUAAUGAGAACAGGAAAUCCCCAGAAUAUGAGAAACACUGGGGGCUCUUUUUACCAAACAAACAGGCUAAAUACCCAAUCAAUUUCAACUAA